AUGGGGGGCAAAACCGGCACCAAAGCUGUCUACUUCGACAAGCUCAAGGGCUUGCUCGAAGACGUCGACAAUGUCUCGUCGCAACAGAUGCACGAGAUUCGACACAACCUGCGCGGCGAAGCGGUGGUUUUGAUGGGCAAGAACACCAUGGUCCGACGAGCUCUCAAGGGUUUCAUCCCAGACAGUCCGGAGUACGAACGGUUGCUGCCUCACGUCAAGGGAAACGUUGGCUUCAUCUUCACCAAUGGGGAUCUGAAGACCAUCCGUGACAAGAUCCUCGCGAACCGUGUCGCAGCUCCUGCUCGUGCUGGUGCCGUGGCUCCCGGAGAUGUGUAUGUCCCAGCUGGAAACACUGGCAUGGAACCCGGCAAGACGUCGUUCUUCCAAGCUCUCGGUGUCCCCACCAAGAUUGCUCGUGGUACCAUCGAAAUCACCACUGAUCUCAAGCUGGUCGAGGCCGGCGCAAAAGUCGGUGCCUCCGAAGCUACCCUGCUCAACAUGUUGAACAUUUCCCCUUUCACCUACGGCAUGAAGGUGCAACAAGUGUACGAGGAAGGACAAACCUUCUCACCCGAUGUGUUGGACAUUGAGGAGAGUCAGCUGCUCAAGUCACUGACCUCGGCAAUCACUACGAUCACUACCAUCUCCCUUGCUGCCAACUACCCGACCCUUCCAUCCGUCAUCCACAGCUUGAUCAACGGCUACAAGAAAGCCAUUGCAGUCGCCAUUGAGAUCGAUUAUGAGUGGGAUGCUAUUCAUGAGCUCAAGGAUCGCAUCGCCAAUCCUGACGCAUACGCUGCUGCUGCACCGGUGGCUGCGGCCGCUACCGAGGAGGCUGCGCCUGCGGCGGCCAAGGAAGAAGAAAAGGAAGAGGAGAAGGAAGAGUCUGACGACGAGGGCUUCGGUGGUCUGUUCGACUAA